AUGCAGAAUAACAACCAGAAUACAUAUGAGAUGAAGCAGCGUAGAAAUGCUUCACGCCCACUGCAUCCAAAGCAGAGCAGUGAGGGAGACUUCCUUAUGGACCCAGAGCAGGAGGACUCCCUGCGGAAUGAGCCUGCCUUGUGGGGAGCAGGCGGAAGAAUAAACACCCAGCCGAUUGGAUUCACAAACGUCCGUUCCAUCGUGCAGAAACCAGAAGGAGCAGACGAUAUCCUCUUGGUAUACACUGAUGUUCCAUCUGGAGACCCUGCUCAGAGAAAGUGUGCUUACAUUGUAGUCUCGGCACAUGAGAAGAAGAAAAGGCUGAAGACGUUCAAGACUCCGCAUAAGCGCAAUGAAAAAAUAAUCAUAGGUAUUUUCAUAGUUCUAGGACUCUUGGCAACUUGUAUAGUUGCCAGGGCAUGCUACAAGAACCACCAGAUCAUAAAGCAGAUAAAGUAUGAGGAAGAGAUGAAAAGGCUCGCCAGUCUAAACGAUACCAUUGCGAAUUCUACUGCAGUAGUUGGCCUUGCACCCUUGAAUGAUACACUAAACGAUAACAUUGCGAAUUCUACUGCAAUAGUUGAAGGCUUUGCAUCCUUGAAUGAUACAGUAAGCGAUAACCCGAAUCUGCUGCAGUAG